AUGGCUACAGCUGCUACGAAGCGCGCAGUGACUGCUCUGCCACGCCGACCGAGUCUCAGACUCGCCCGCCCGUUCUUCAACUUCCCCUCGCCAUUCGGCUCCUCCUCAUCGCCCUCGACCUCCUCACCUGAGCGAAAAGGGACACUGCAGAAGGAGAACGGCGUGUGGGUGUACAGGGAGGAGAAGGUUAUGCCCUACUCGCCAUCGCAGCUGUUCUCCGUCAUCGCCGACGUAGACUCGUACCAGUCCUUCCUACCUUUCACGACCUCCUCCCGCGUCCUCACCGCCGCCCGCCUCGGACCGGACGGACGGAGACUACCCCAGCCUGUUGCGGACAAGGGUUGGCUGAGAGGAACGCAGGGAGAGCGGUGGAAGAUGGAUGGAGAGUUGCGGAUAGGUGCGAUGGGGUUUGACGAGGGGUAUGUCAGCCUUGUCGAGAUGGAGAAGGACAAGUGGGUCAAGGCCACCGCCAAAGACGCCACCAUGUUCCGCCACCUCUCGACAAUCUGGUCCUUCUCCCCCUCGCCCUCUCCCUCUCCCUCGACGCCCUCUUCGGCUCCUCAGACAAAAGUCGACCUCUACCUCGCCUACGCGUUCACCUCCCCUUUACACGCCGCCGCGAUCCAAUCUGUAUGGGACAAAGUGAGCGGGUUGAUGGUGGAAAAGUUUGAGAAGAGAGUGCGGGACGUGCAUGGUCCGCCACCGCAGCAAUAG